UGCUCCUCACGGUUGCUGCUGCCCUGAGGGGAGCCCUGAGCGAGGCUUAAGCGCGCGGAGCGCUGCACACACAGCCCCGGGGAGAGAAAACAGAGGGAGCCAUGAGGAGCCUGAGCUGCGUCCCGCUCCUCUUCCUGCUGCUCUCCGCGGGGGAUUCUGCAGUUAUCACUGGGGCUUGUGACAGAGAUCUACAGUGUGGUGGAGGCAUGUGUUGUGCUGUUAGCCUCUGGAUUCGGAGCCUGCGGAUGUGCACACCAAUGGGAACCUUGGGAGAAGACUGUCAUCCUUUGAGUCAUAAAAUUCCAUUUUGGGGGAAGAGAAUUCAUCACAGCUGCCCAUGCCUACCUAAUUUGGCUUGUGUCUGGAUUUCUCCUAGCAAAUACAAAUGUUUACCAGAAUUCAAAAACGAAGAUAUCUUUUUCUAGCGAAAGCAUGGGGAAGGAUUCUGUGCCAUUACUGUAUUCCAUGUAUUAAGAUCCUUACUUGUUAUUGUGAUGAAGUCAUUUGUCACUGGAAAUUUUCCAAUGUACUUUCUUGCAUUGUAACCAUUAUCAUUUUUAUGAUACCAUAGUUCAUGGUAGCCAAGAUGUUUUCAGCUGGACAAUUUCAGGGAGUUCUUCAUAUUCUUAACAGCACAAGCUAAUAUGUGCUGAAGUAAAAGGUAAAGGUAAAGGUACCCCUGCCCGUACGGGCCAGUCUUG